GGCAUCGGCCGAUUUUUUUAUGCUAAAUCCGAGUCUGAAAUAUGCCUCGUGUCACCGAGGUCAUCGUUGAAGAGCAGUCGGCCGCCGGUGCCGUAUACCGCUGCCGGCCUCAGCCAGUCAACGACGAAUCGGUACGGGGAAAAGACGAUGCUUCGCCUCGCCGUCCGUGCAAGAACGGUGUGCUCGGAAAACUUGGAAAAAUGCGUGGAUAAAUCGGUGCAGAAACGCGAGUUAUCCGCCUCGGCCACGAUUCUUAACGCGAGCUCGAGGCGUGGGGCGCACGAGCCGCGUUUAAGAUGUUUGAUCGAUCCCGGAACGCGGUCGAACGACACUGAAGGCCGCCGCCGCCGCGCCUUGUCAACGACGUCGACGACGACGACGACAACCGUGCCAACCACGACGCCAAGGAAAACGUGCCUCUACGACCUUCACGUGGAAAAUCGAGGUAAAAUAACCAACUUUUCCGGCUGGUUGUUACCGGUCCAGUAUCAAGAGGCGAUAGCCACGUCUCAUCUGCACACGAGAAGGUUCGCUUCGUUGUUCGACGUCGGUCACAUGUUGCAAACCAGAGUCUCCGGGAGAGACGCCACCCAAUUUUUGGAAUCUCUCACCACAAGCGAUUUGAAAAAUUUGGGCAACGGGUGCGCCGUACUCACCGUGUUCACGGACGAGAACGGUGGUAUCCUGGACGAUUUGAUCGUUACGAAAGACGACGAGGAUAAAUAUUUUCUCGUGUCAAACGCCGGAAGAAGAAAGGAAGAUUCUCGAUUGCUUCUUCAACAACAGGAGAUAUUUCUCACCCAAGGGAAAUCGGUGAGCUUGGAAUUUUUAGAUCCGUUGAAGCAGAGUCUCGUGGCGUUACAGGGGCCCACAGCUGCGUCCGUUCUUCGAUCCAUCGUUGACGUCGAUUUGAAGAAUCUAAGAUUCAUGAACAGCGUGGAAACCGAGGUGUUGGGAAGUCGGAUAAGGAUAACACGUUGCGGGUACACGGGGGAGGAUGGGUUCGAGAUCUCGAUACCGGUUCAAAUAGCGCAUACCUUGGUAAAAAUGAUUUUAAACACGCCUGACACGAAACUAGCCGGUCUGGGAGCUAGAGAUAGUUUAAGGCUGGAAGCCGGUCUUUGCCUCUACGGGCAAGAUAUCAACGAGAAAAUAACACCGAUCGAAGCUGGGCUUGGUUGGCUAAUAGCUAAACGAAGAAAAGCGGAAGCAAAUUUUCCAGGCGCGGCGAAGAUACUUCUACAGAUCGAGUCAGGGACUAAGAAGAGGCGGGUAGGGAUAACGGUUGUGAAUGGGCCACCAGUUAGAGCGGGAGCGUGUAUAUUAACGCCGGAAGGAGAACGCGUUGGCAACAUCACUUCCGGUGGACCUAGUCCAACUCUCGGAAGUUACAUCGCUAUGGGAUACGUACCACCAGAAUUGGCCGAAUACGGUAAAGGGGUUUUGGUCGAGGUCCGAGGAAAAACUUACAAAGCGAAAGUCACAAAAAUGCCCUUUGUCAAGACGAAUUAUUACACUGGAAAAUAAGCGAUACGAUGUAUCUUCUUUCAUGUAUAAAACUCAAUCGAACGUGGAUGCGAUUCCUCUCUUAAAUAUUCUCUUUUCACUUUCGAUCCUUUCGAUCGAAAGAGCUCAUCGAUGAACUUUUUUUAUUCGGAAUGAAAGGAAAAAAAGAUUAUUUAAGGAAAUAUAUUCGUAAAGAAUAAUUGUAUUCGUAUAAAUCCUGUAAUGAAAUUGUAAUUGAAAAAUAAGAACGUUACAGAAUAACGAAUACGAUUAUUCGCGUAAGUGAAAUUAUAAUUAUCAAAAUAAAAGAAUUUAAACUUA